AUGGGCGCCAUCUUCAUGAACGCCCAGGUCACAUUCGCCACUCACUGCGCGGAAGAUGACUCGACGGGUUUCCUUGCUGCGUCACUAGACAAGCGGCUUGCAAUCCGAAUACCAAUUGGUCGCUCUCUCACAGGGAUUUGCGCCCCUUUCGACUCCGAGCGGGAUGUCACCCACAGUGCACUAUCUCAGAGAGCCUGGGUACUGCAAGAGCGAGUUCUCUCGUCUAGAACUGUCCACUUCACGGUCGGCCAUGUAUACCUGGAGUCGAAGGAUGGUAUGACGUGCGAGGAUGGAUCCAUUGUGCAGUUCCAAGCUUGGAAUGUCGAGCAACAGCAAACACCGCGUUACAACCCGUCGGCUUUGUCCGAUCUUCGCAGUCUUCUCAGGUCCGCAUCAACGUCCAAUCAAACGACUUCUACGCGGCCGACGCCACUAGAGUGGCUUGAUCUUGUUGAGAUAUAUUCCCAUUGCAAUCUUACCAGAGCAAGCGACAAGCUCAUCGCUAUUUCCGGAUUGGUCCACAAGAUCCAAGCCGGGACAACGCAAGCCUGGCGUGCUGGCAUCUGGGCAGACAGACUGUGCGAAGGACUUUUGUGGCUUCCCACUGACCAAAAGCCAGUGGGCCCAUUCGAAGAUCGGGCGCCGUCGUGGUCUUGGGCAUUGUGGGAUAGGCCGAUUCAACAUCCCUCUGCGAUUCGACUGCCGGCUUUCGAGCCGAGAUGUCGGCUCAUCGCGUUACCUAAGGACCUCACGCCCAUCUCUUGCAGUGGACCAUGCCAUCUAGUGGUGUGCGUUCGGCUAAUUGACUUAUCUGCACUUACCAUCGACGAGAAAGUACGUGUGGGACCCGGUCCGCCAAGGAGAGGCGACCUGAAUGACAGAUCCCGUGGAAAUUUGCCACAGGUAUUGCUGAAACAGUAUGUCGGUGUCAAU